CGGUGUUUUGCUCCACCGUCUCAGCUGAAGAGUAAUUGUAUGCCUGACAUCGCAUUACCAGAGCGAGAACUUUACUUUCUCAAUGAAUGACAUCAGAAUUGCUGCUCCUGAUUUUGUACUUUCUCCAAUCUGCUUCCAGUCCCCCUGUCUCUCUGAAAAUGUUUGUGAUUGGGACAAGGCUGUCGUGUUUUGUUUGAUGUAUGGAAACGCAUAUAAUUUUGAAAACGGUAAAAUCAGGCAACACACAGAAAAGAGGAAAGAGAAGGAUUUUCACAGACAAACUGUAGCGGUGAAGAUGAAUGCUCUGGAAGGUUCAGGAGACCCAGAGGGAGGAGGCAGUGUCAAUUUAACAGGAAAAAAUAAGUCCAGGUUAAAGUCUUUCAAGUCACGGCUGUUUGGGAAGAUAAGCAGGAAAGAGGAUGAUAGUGGUCUGAAGCAGAGUCAGUCUGAGAGUGACAUCACAUUGGGUGUUGAUGCCUCAGAGGAAGAUCUCUCCUCCCAAGGCAUGAUGGGAUCCCGGGCAUUGUCACAUGACAGCAUUUUCCUGUUAGAGCACAGUCAUAAAGACCCUGAGCCACCAAAAGUUCUGUCACAAGAAAUCAUUCAUGGCAACAUUCGAGCUCUGCAGAUGAAACUCAGGCAGCAGAAGAUGCAUUUAGGUCUUCCUCCCCUGCCUAUGAAACAUCCUGAAGACUUAGUUGGAAGUUCAGAGGAUGAUGGCCUUCCUCAUGGUCCCUCUGAAUUAUUGUGUGGUGAGGGAUCCAAGAGCAUAUCGAACAAGGCCUCUUCCCAGCCCCUCUCCCCUCUGCCCAUUAGCCCAGCACCUGCUCCCCUCUCCUCAUUUGCCACAAGUUCAGGGGUGGACUUCAACGCUCCUCCCCAGUUUACUUCUCUCUUGGACAACUCUGCUGCCCGUCACCGUAUGUCCAUCAAACCUAAGAACCAAAGGGUUGGUGCCAAGAACAAGAGGUUGAUCACUUCAUCUGGAAGCAGACCACGUUCUGAGAGUUUGAACAACCUGGAACGUUCAUCGACUAAGAGGGAGGAAGAUGAAGGGCUAGCUCUUGUAAAAGAGAUACCCCGUGCUCGCUCAUAUUCCUCUCAAGUGUUACACCCAGGAGAGAGGCUUACUGCUUCCUACAUCAAGAGUAACCUUCCAGUUUCACAUGUAAUGUCUCUACAGGGUGCUGGAGAUAGUAAACAAGCUGAAAAUGAGCAUGAGAGGAGCAUCCUCUCCACAUCUCCUCAUGGCCCUAGCCUAAACGAGCUGACUCCCAUUGAGUCACCAGUAUCCACAAUGGGCCACGAGUCUAAAAAAGAAAGUAAAUGCCUUCCAAAAUCAGAUGAAGCCCAAACAACCAAACCCCCAAGCCCAGUGGUGCCAAUCGAUAGAAAGGGGAGUGAGGAACUCUGUAGCUCCAAACUAGUCAAGAACAGCCAAAGUAACCUGGCGCCAAAUGUAAACCCAACUGUUAAAACAAAUGUGACUACCACACAAAAACCAAGCAUUAUGCAAGAUGAGAAGAAGUCUAAUGAAGUAAUACAAAACAAGAUGGACACAUUGAGCAAAUAUGGUGUUCAGAAUGCAGUAACUAUAGAAAAUCGCCAGUCAAAAGACCAGCACCUGGCUUCUACUCAAGCUCCAGCAAACGUGAUUUGUGGAGUGAAUCUGAGACCAUCAUCUCUGAGGAGAAAUGCACCUUCCACAGAUGAAAAGAGUGAGACCAAGACACUUCAGCCAGUCACCACAGUGUUGGCUGUUGGUCAGGAAGAUCACUCUCAGACAGAGUCCACUAAGUGGAAGAGACCGGUGUCUGGAUCAUUCCACUUCACUGUCUCUUCAGACAAGUACCAGGAGCGGCCAAGGACUGCAAGCUUCACUGGAGUAGUUGGGCAAGCCAGACUGAAAAAAGAACCUCCAUGUCCUGCAAAACCUUCUUUAAAUUCCAAGAUACAGGACCAACUUAGUUCACAAGCUGAGAAAAGAAGACAAGACACAUGUGCUGACUUACCACCGGAAUCAAAGAUGGAAGAAAUGGCAGCUACCAAUCCAAUGGUUCCAACAAAGUUUACCAAUCUACCAGUGAACCCUCCUCAGUCCAGGGAUGUGGAGGAGAGUCAGAACAAUGAGAUGCAGGAGACUGGGGUUGAGGCUAGAGAGAAAGAGGUUCAGGAGGGAGUGGAGGAAGCAGAAGAGGCAGGUGAGGAUGUGACAGAAGAUGUUGAGGAGGAAAACAAGAGAGAAGCUACAAAUGCUUUUGGAGUAAAGCUGCGCUCCACCUCUCUUUCACCAAAGUUUCGCUUGGAAAAGUCACAAAAUGACAGGGUAAAACCUCUAGCCUCACAGUCUGAUUCAACCAGCUGCAAGGAACCUGAGGACCAGCACACUAGCACGGGCUGUUUCAGAGUUGAUACAAAACUCAAAAACCCUCCUCUGCAAACCAAAGAGCCCUCCACCUCAACCUUUGUUGUGUCCUCCAGUUCCCAACCCAAGAGUGUCUGCAAAGACCAAGGGAGAGGUGGAUUUCUCCUCAGACAGGCUGAACCUCCUCAGCUAUCAUCUUCACCCAGUAAAGCCACUAAGAUUGUACCUUCACUACCAAAAGAAGGAAUAGAUUUGUCUCCAAAAGAGACUUCAGCUGUGUCCUCUCAGGAAAACACACCAACAUCUUCAGCCUCCGAGGUGUCCUGGAUGGAGAUGGCUAGAGAAAAGACCAGAAGUCUACAACAGCUCUUUGCCAGUAGACUGUCCGACUUCCCUGGCUUGCAAACAACCACACGACCAACAACCUUGAACACAGCACCGCCACAAACCCAAACCCAAAAAUCCACCUCACAAGUCAAUGCAAGAAUUACACAAAACAUUACAAGUCAGCAGAUAGCAACACAGCCUUCUCUGAGACAAACAUCUGGAAGAUCUUCACAACUUACCACUCAGUUUCCACCUUUGCAAACCCACAUUAGAACAACAACUACAAGCCAAACUUCAACAAUACAAAUUUGUACAAAUCCAACUCAGACAGCCACCAGUCAAUUACAAGUUGACAGUACCAGUGAACUUCAGUUUGAGUCUAAAAUCCAAAUUUGUAAUUCGACAACUAAAUUAGUUCAGUCUACAGUUACAUGCAAAUCGAACAUCCAAUCCACUACUCACACUGUAAACACAGUAAAACAGCUGUCAUCACAUCCAUGGACACCACAAACACCACCCAUCCAACAGUCGUCAUCACUGCAUACAGGACCCCUUCAGGCUCCACAGACCUCUGUACAAUCUAUACUCCAUCCCAUACCUCCGCCAGCUUACACACAUCUAUCGUCAAGCCCCAAGUUAGCAUCCCACCUGGUCUCCCCACAGUCUGCCAAUGCUGUCUCACAGGAUCAACCUCAGAAGGAGGGGGUAAUCUCAGGGAAAGCUGACAUGGCAUCUGAGCCUCAGGGGAAGGGGAAUGGGUUAGAGGAUGGAAGACCAAUGUGGGCAGCAGGAUUAGGAAUCAAGACCUCACUGGUGCAGCGCUGGGAGAGCCAAACCACUGCUGCAGCCAAGGCAGGCGAGCAGACAGCCACAACAGAGUCCCGAACCACACCUCAAUCAACCGUUCCUCUCAGACCUAUCUCAAAGGUCACAGGAACAGACACAGGACUAGACCUAAGAGCAUCAGUUUCCUCUGUUCCCAUGAGGAUGGCAGAAAGAGAGGAUAAAUGGCAGAAGAAAUCCAUGUCACCAUCAUCGUCAUCACCUUCAUCAUCACUGUCAUCAUCUCCUCUGCAGUCUGGGCAUGAUAGUAGCCAGCCAUCCUGGAUGGAGCUGGCCAAGAGGAAAUCAAUGGCAUGGAGUGAUAAGACAAUGGACUAAAAAAAGACAGACAAGUGACAGAAAGAGAAAAAUUUGAGACGUUAGGGAGGAUCGGAGGGCACUGACAUGCUAGAGCUCUCUGGUAUCUUUUUGUUGUGAAAACUGUUUCCUGAACUUCAGUCCAAGGAACUGUACAUGAGUCUGCAAAAACAGGUUGAUCUGGUGUUUGCGCAAUGUGAACUGCAGCAGAGUUUGAGCUUAAUAGUAGUGCUUGUGCAUCAAAGUAGACCUGAGGAGGAAGGGGACAGGGGGAACCUAGGUUCAGACUCAAGCAAAAGCACCAAGUGGGACCAUCCUGAUUGAGAUCUCAGAUAGAUGUGUGCAGAUAAAAUUGUCUGUCAUGUAUUAUGUUUAUCAUCGUUUGUGAGGUUUACCACCUUGUAUCCUUGUUUUCUACAUGUGAAAUAUUGUUUGUAUUAAUUGUUUGUAUUAUCUAUGAUUUCAGUCUCUUUUCAAUUAUAGAUUUGAUUUAUUUACCAUGGUUUAAUUUGUAUUAACAUGUCAGUGUAUCUGAUAGUUUCCAACAUAUGUUGGGUACGAAAAAUUUGGUUAUUGUAAUGUUAAAUGUUUAAAUAUAUGACUGUAAAUAAUAUACAGUACCUAUUAAAUGACUUUGAGCUUGCUUUUGAAAAUACCAACCCAACCUUAAUAAAUAAACUGAUCUCAUUCA